AUGGCUGGCCACAAAGGUCGUCACAGCCAGUUCAGCCAUCAUCGAUGGCCAUGGAUCACCACCCCUUCUCUCAACCUCAGACUCUCCCACCGACGGCCGGAUAUCCUAUUGGAUACAGCCCACAGCCACCAGGGGCUCACAGCUUUUAUCCACCGGGCACGGCCGCAGCGCCAUAUUAUCCCCCGCAGCCCGGCUGCACCGUCUUACAUGAUGAACCAGCCAGAAUACUACCUCGCCCAAGGCUCUUCAGUCUCGUCGAAUCCAAGCUCUCUAACAGUGAGCCCUCCGCCACAGCCGUUAAUGACCCCGAGCACGGUAUAUUCGUCACCAGACUCGGCGCCCGCCUCUUCAGAUGCCGAUCAACAACAAGUCCGGGUGAUUAGCUUCCGACCGAAACCACAGUGUUGGGACCACGGAUGCAACGGUCGGGAGUUCUCGACAUUCAGCAAUCUUCUGCGCCACCAGCGAGAGAAAUCGGGCGUGGUCGCCAAAGCGGAAUGCCCCAGCUGUGGUGCGGUGUUUACACGGACCACCGCCCGGAACAUCCAUGUCGCGCAGGGAAAAUGCAAGGGUGGGGGGAGGGAGAAGUCCAGCGACUAG